AUGCCCGCGAUAGCAUCAUCGUCAUCAUCAUCGCAGCGGCCACAUAAUCUCGUGUCCAUCUUCCAAGCUCACUUCCACGUCCGACGAGGAAAUGAGAUCACCCAUCAGCACGGCCACGAAAUUGACCUAUCAGGUGUAGAAUGGAAGGCAUUGCCUAGUGGCUCACAUGCUCUUCAUCGCGACUUGAUCUGGUUCCAUCUGCCUGGUCAGCCCGAGCAGACAUUGGGUGAUGAGCAGCGAUAUCACCGAGUCGGAGUCGCUGCUUUCGUCAAUCGCAAGCUCGGCGGCGAGGACGAUGAGGAGCAACGCGGGGCCGAGGAGGAUGAAGACGACGACGACCAGAGAGGAGCACGUAUGAUCGCCGUAGGGAUUAUCGCCUUGGCCGUAGGCUCGACACCUUCUGCUCACUUGGCAGCUUGCCUACCACACAUCGACGCUCUCGAGUCUCUGGCCAGCAGCUCAGCUUCACGGCCUCGCGAUCACUCCAUCAUCAACGCCUUCCUUGACGCUCAUCGCCUCGAUCCUUCCUCGUCAGACGAUCUCCGCGCCUCGCUCCUAGAGAUCGAGGCAAUACGAGGUCCUGCCCCAUUGUCACGUAGGGCAAUCAGCUCAGCGGAUCCGCUGCUGGACUUGCCAGCUGUAGCAAACGCCUUAGGGCUACUGUUACCUCAACUGCUCCGCAAGCUUUUGGUGAGAGGAACAAGGCUGGUCAUCUUCUGUCCGCUGGGAGCGCAGACGAAGAAUGCCGCUUCGAUUGGGUGGACUAUUGCGGAGAUACUCGAGGCGGCCCUGCACCUUGACGAAGAGGAGGACGGGGAUGCAGAGGGCCAAGAGGGCGGCAGGAACGUUACAAAGCUGCGCCAUCGUCGAGGCCAUCGAGUGCCGCAGGUGCGGGGCAUCAUCGGUCUGCAGGACCUAGGGCUGCUUCAGGAAGAACAAAGGCGGGCACCAUUGUCACAGGGCUGGAUUUCGUGGACGACGGACAAGCUGCUCCUCGAGAAGCCAGAUCUCUACGACUGCCUGCUAGACCUUUCGCCCCUCUUUACCGGAGCUACGCAGCAACAUCAAGCGCCGGUUGCUUUUCCCUCCUCCUCGUCCACAUUCUCCUCCCUUCAUACCCCGCGCGACUCUUCGCCCAAUCUGUAUCGCGUAGAACGACGGACGGACGCCUCAGCAAAGAAGAGCAAGACGACCGCCAAGUUGAAGGCAGUACCGUGGCUGCCACGCGACUUUGCUCUCGCCAGCCUUUCUUUCAUACCUCAGCAAUGGCGCAUCAAUCUGCGAGAGAGCUAUGGAUACGUGCCGCUGAGCAUCAGGCAAGAUGGAGGGGUACAGGCUGGACUCAUGCUGCUACCUGAUAGCGAUUCCGAAAGCGAUGGGGGCGAAAGCGAGAGCGGCAGUGACGACGAGGGCGAGCAGGCCCUUGAGGAUGCUGAGGGAGCCCCGAUCCUCGAAGCUGAGUACGGCCAAUGGCGGCAGCUCACGACGUCUGCGAGUUCCGGUGGGCUCUACUAG